UUGGGUUGGGCGGCCGCUCCGCUCCGCUGUCUCCCUCAGAGGACGUGAUCAUGUCUGCGGCGUCCUGCUACCUGGGCUUCGACUUCAGCACCCAGCAGCUCAAGGUGGUCGCCGUGGACGAGGAGCUGAAGCUCGUGCAUCGGAGCCGUGUGCACUUUGACAGCGAGCUGCCCGAGUUCAGGACAAGAGACGGCGUCCAUAUUCACAGCAACCGUCUGACAGUUACCUCUCCGCCGUUGAUGUGGGUGAAGGCCCUUGACGUUGUCCUUGAAAAGAUGAAAAAGGAAGGUUUUGAGUUCUCCCGUGUGAAAGCUCUAUCUGGAUGUGGACAGCAACACGGCAGUGUGUACUGGAAGGAGGGAUCCCAGAAGCUUCUGGAAAGCCUCCAUCCAGGGAAGCCUUUGCAUGAAAUUCUGGAGGGUGCGUUCGCCGUCCCCGACAGCCCCGUAUGGAUGGACUCGAGCACCUCGGAGCAGUGUCAGAGGCUGGAGGUGGCUGUGGGGGGGGCCCAAAGACUGGCUGACAUCACGGGCUCUCGGGCCUAUGAGCGCUUCACUGGGAACCAGAUCGCCAAGAUAUACAAAACAAAUCCAGAUCAGUACAAGAAAACAGAGAGAAUUUCACUGGUGAGCAGCUUCGCUGCCUCUCUCUUCCUGGGAAAAUACGCUGAGAUUGAUUACAGUGACGGUUCAGGGAUGAACCUCAUGGACAUCUUCAUGAAGCGGUGGGCAUCGCCGUGCCUGGACUCAACAGCUCCAGAGCUGGAGGAGAAGCUCGGCGUUCCGGUGCCUUCUACAGCAGUGCAGGGUCAGGUGUCACCCUAUUACGUUGGCCGUUACGGGUUUCCAGCCGAUUGCAAAGUGGUGUCGUUCACCGGGGACAAUCCGGGGUGCGAACACGUGUGCGUUUCUUCCACAGGAUCGCUAGCGGGAAUGAGGCUUCAGGAAGGAGAUAUAGCUGUGAGUCUCGGCACCAGCGACACGGUCUUCCUGUGGAUCAAGGAGCCCAGGCCUGCAGUGGAGGGGCACAUCUUCUGCAACCCCAUUGACCCCCAGGCCUACAUGGCUUUGAUAUGCUUUAAGAAUGGCUCCCUAACCAGGCAACGGGUGCGGAACGAGUGCGCCGGGGGCUCAUGGGAUACCUUCUCCGAGGCCCUUCGCUCAACCGCGAUGGGGAACAACGGAAACAUAGGCAUCUAUUUCGAUGAGAUGGAAAUCACACCACCUACCAUUGGUGUCUACAGAUUUAACAAAGAAAAUAAAAGGGUCAAGGGAUUCUCACAUGAGGCUGAAAUCCGUGCUUUGGUGGAGGGCCAGUUCAUGGCCAAGAGGCUGCACGCCGAGAAGCUGGGCUACAAAAUCAUUCCUGGAACUCGAGUAUUGGCUACUGGUGGAGCAUCUUCCAAUAAUGAUGUUCUGCAGGUCCUUUCGGAUGUGUUUGGUGCACCAGUCUACACAAUUGACACAACCAAUUCUGCAUGCCUAGGCUGUGCCUUCAGAGCUAAGCAUGAGCUCCUCCUCCUGCGAAAGCACCACCACCCUGUAGAGGAAGCUCGAUUGGCACCUGUGACAUUUUUUUCUUUCAUUCACUGCCCAAAGCUCCUGACCACAGCAGUGGUUGCUGAAACGGGAGCGUCCUUUGCCGAAGCGAUCAGACACGCUCAAGAACCGAAGCUUGCGGUGACACCAUGUUCAAGAGCAGAGCAGAUUUAUCAACCACUGUUGAAGAGAUAUGAAGAAUUAGAGAAGAAGAUAUUGAAGGGACCAAUUCAGUGAAUGGAUUUGGUUAAUAAUUUUGUUUGUUUUUGUUUUCGUUGCAAUUCAGUGUUUUUGAACAGACAAAUGUGAAAACCACAACCAAUAAACAGGAUAUCAGGCUUAACUGUGCAUAGAUACUUGACAAAAGAAAGCUGAAAGCCAUGUAUCAAGUAAGCAUAAAAAUUCCAAAUUCCUUCUCUAUUUACUUUUUACUUGCUUUUUAGCACUUAUAUUCUGUGAUUCUGGGCAUACAACUGUAAUCACACACUGGAUUAUGAGACCUCGAUUGUCAAGAACAUGCUUUUAUGAGCAAAUAAAAUUGAUAUCGUGAAUUCAGUUCGCAAGCUUACUUCUACACUUAGGAGAAAUGUGUCAUGGGCAAAGAAAUGUGUAAAACAGUAACUGCGAUACAUUUUCAUAAUGCAGAGAAAUACUCAGUGAAUGUGGAAGCCAGUAUAUGGCCUUCUCUCUUUGUGCCUUGGCUCUCAUGACUAUGUGUAAGCCUUGCUUUAGUGCGAGAUUAUUGUACAUGUGUUUUAUCAAUUUGUUUAUAACAAACAUUGAAUAGCAUAUUAUGAUAUCUUUGAUAUCUGUGAGAAGUAGGGCUUCUCAAAACAGGCCUCCAACAGUGAAAUUCACUUCCCAAGUGUGUCAGAGUCUUUAAGCGCCUUUAAAUCCAGCUUCAGACCUAUGUGUUUAGAAUUGCCUUCAAGUAACAUGUUCGCAACCUUAAUUUUCUCUGUACUCAUUUCUUUUACUAUUAUUUUCUGUUUAUAUUGUCACAGUUUUUUAUUAUUCUGAUGUUUGUUUUAUUGUGUAAAAGACAAAAGACGUAUACAUAUUAUAACAAUAAAACAAAAAUCAAUGAGAAGGUGCUUUUAGAGAUGCUGUGUAAAAUAAAUUUUGUUAUAAUCUUUGUUCAGUUCUAGUCUUGAGAUCUGGCCACGGAAUUUCAUUGUAUUGUAUACAGUGACAAUAAAGUAUCUUAU